ACGGGUGAGGGUGACUGCUUCCUGGAGACUACAGGUGUUGGAGCAAGCGCUGCGACCGUAGCCGACGGGCUUCUAAAGCUUGCAGGAAAAAAGUGAGAUACUUCUGUUUCCCAUGUUCCUUGAAGCGGGUGCCCGACGCCUAGACUCACUCCUGCAAGUUACAGCUGAAGUGAUGAAUGUGGGGGUGGCACACAGUGAAGUAAACCCCAACACUCGAGUGAUGAAUAGCAGGGGCAUCUGGCUGGCCUACAUCAUCUUGGUAGGACUGCUGCAUGUGGUUCUACUCAGCAUCCCCUUCUUCAGCAUUCCUGUCGUCUGGACCCUGACUAAUGUCAUCCAUAAUUUGGCUAUGUAUGUUUUCCUACAUAUGGUGAAAGGGACACCCUUUGAGACCCCUGACCAAGGAAAGGCUCGGCUACUGACACACUGGGAACAGAUGGACUAUGGGCUCCAAUUUACCUCUUCCCGAAAAUUCCUCAACAUCUCUCCUAUUGUACUCUACCUCCUAGCCAGCUUCUAUACCAAGUAUGAUGCUGCUCACUUCCUCAUCAAUACAGCCUCACUGCUCAGUGUACUGCUGCCUAAGUUGCCCCAAUUCCAUGGGGUUCGUCUCUUUGGCAUCAAUAAAUACUGAAAGAUGGGGCCGGGGACGACGUUGGAACAAAAGGCUGUAACAUUUUUCUCUUCUCCAUACUGUCUUCUG